ACAAAAGGCCGGGCGACGACAUCUUGAAACGCAAUCUUUUGUGUCUAUGGUUCGCGUCGUUCUUUGGGCUCGCAAGAUUGCGAGUAAAUUUAUUUCAAUUUAUAGUUUUAGGUCUUUUUGACCUUUUUUUUUUCAUGGCUGCGUAAAAACGCGGUUGAAAGUGCAGAUUGUUCCAAACAUGAGUGAUUAUUCUUCUAUGGCUACGCUCCAAAAUAAUAGUCAAACGGCGGGAUACGCGACUGCUGUACAACGUGCGAGACAGGUAGCUGCUAAGAUUGGUGGUGGUAGCAAGAGGCCAUUGGAAGACGGACCAGAACCAACACCAAAGAAAUUAGCACCAGUUGAGCCGGUUUAUACACCACAACCUCCAGUUAUGAAUUUUGUUGACAGUGUAUCGCCAGUUGCGGUUGGUGGUGGCGGACGUAUGAUAGCAGGUGCGGGCCCUGGCAGUGGACCAACAAAUUUAUUGCCUGAUCAGAGCAUCAAUGAAUACAUCAGAGUACCUGAUCGUAUGGUUGGACUAAUAAUUGGACGUGGUGGAGAACAAAUCACCAGACUGCAAGCAGAAUCCGGUUGCAAGAUACAAAUGGCACCACCCACUGAUGGAAAUCCUGAUAGGCUAUGCACGCUUACUGGUUCUAGAGAUGCUAUACAGAGAGCUAAAGAAUUAGUGAACCAAAUUGUGAAUCAUCGAGGAAGGGAGAACGCUCCACAACAUCAAGACCCUUCAGAACCUGGAAUGAACAUGAGCAGGCCAGGCCCUAAUGCAAUGGAAGAGAUCAUGAUCCCUGGCGCUAAAGUUGGCCUGAUCAUUGGCAAGAAUGGCAAAACAAUAAAACAACUCCAAGAACAAACUGGAGCCAAGAUGGUCGUAAUACAGGAUGGACCUAAUGAAAAUUCAUUUAAACCGCAGGAGAAGCCUUUGCGUAUAUCCGGCGAUCCGGCCAAGGUUGAGCACGCGAAGCAGCUCGUGUUCGAGCUCCUCGCCAACAAGGACAUGCAGGAGCCGCCGCGCCCCUACGACGACGGCUACGGCGGCUCCGACCCCGGGAACGGACUCGCCACCACUUCCGCUGAGGUUUUAGUCCCAAAAGUGGCUAUUGGUGUUGUAAUCGGCCAUAAGGGUAAAAUGAUAAAGAAGAUACAAGCGGACACCGGAUGUAGGGUCCAGUUCAAUCAAGAGCAUGAUGAGGAACCAGGGGAUAAACUAUGCUACUUGCAGGGGAAACCCCAUCAGCUAGAUCAAGCUCGUCAGAUGAUCGAAGAUCUUAUAUCUAGUGUCAAAAGAUGUGAGGAGGACAGUCGGAGCCGUGCAGUACGCGGUCAGGGCCAGCAGAACGGCGACAGGGGCGGCAUGGAGUACGGGCAGCAGUGGCCCGACCGACCAGAGAUGCGCGUCACCUUCACCAUCCACGGACCCAAGUGCGGCCUGGUCAUUGGCAGAGGUGGUGAAAUCAUAAAGCAAAUAAACGCUCAGUCCGGAGCCCACUGCGAACUAGAUAGGAGAUGCCAGAGUAAUGACAGGAACACAAGGACGUUUAUAAUCAGAGGACACCCAGAAGCAGUUGAGACUUGUAAACGAAUCAUUAUGGAGAAAGUUGGUGGGCCUGUCAACUUUAUCCCGGAAGGCAACGGUAACGGCAACGGCAACGGUAACGGGUCCGGCAGCGGCGGCGGCACCCCCGGCCCCGAGUACUACACGGGCGGCACCCCCGCCGCCUGGGGGUACAACCCGCACUGGCACCAGCCGGCCGCCUCGCAGGGACCGCAGCAACAAGUGUCAAUAAACCCAGCGACGGGUCAACUGGAUUAUUCACAACAAUGGAUCGACUACUACCGCUCUGUGGGCCUUGUCCGGGAGGCCGAAGCCAUCGAACAGGCUAAAAUGCAGCAGCAGCAGCAGCAACAACAACAACAGCAGCAGCAACAACAGCAACAACAACAACAACAGCAUCAGCAACAAGAAGAAGCGAGUAAUCAGUCGUUGGGCGGUAACGACAGCGGCGGUCCCUCCACCCCGCAGCCCACGCAGGACUACAGCGUGCAGUGGGCGGAGUACUACCGCAGCAUCGGGAAGGUCAAGGAGGCUGAGGCCAUAGAGGCACAGAUCAAAAUUAAGCAGCAAAACCAACAGCCGCAGCAGAUGUCGCAGGCGGAGCUCCCGGGCGAGGAGUCCACGCCGCCCGGGCCCGCGGCGCAGUACGCGCAGUACUCCAUGUACCAGGGCGCCAUGUACCCCGGCUACUCCGCCUACGGGUACCCGGCCGGCUCCGACCACCAGCAGUGAACUCAAAAUGAACGGGUCGAGCGCGGGCUGUCACGACGCGACACGUCUUGUAGAUUUAAUAAUUAAAAAAAAAAUUAUAAAUAAGUAAAAACGUUUCUACAUUUCUUCACAGUGCGAGCUAUAGAUGAGACAUCCACAAUAAAUAAAUAAAUAAAUAAAUUAACAAUUUAAAAGAAAAUACGUCUCUGUACGCGUAAAAAAAAACCAAGAGAAAAUUAACGAACAACGUUUCAUAGUUUUAGUAAUAAAUUCAAUUAACAUAAGUAACGAAUUGUUGAUUCACAAUUUAAUCUAACCUCAUAAGUUCUCGUAAGACCUCUAGUUUCUCACAAAUUCACUUGUUUGAGACAGAAUUUUAUUUCUUGUGGAUCCUACUUCAUUUACUUUAUCAAUACACUGUUUAAAGUAUAUAAUCUUUAUGACUGACAAUUAUCAAAUUUAUAUUUCAAACGUGGCUGUGUGGUCUAUUAUUAUAUAUGUUUUUUUUUCUCUUUAUAACAACAACACUGUACUACUUUUGUAUUGUUUAAAAAAAAUAUGUGUGUAAACUUUUUUUGAUUUUCCGUGCCAAUAUUCAUGUAUGUUGUGCCAGUCUGUCCAGGUUUAAAAUAUAGCCACACUGCCUUUAAAAGUCAAAAAAAGCAACGGCGUACCACCCGGGCUUGAGAGAGAGAGAGACACUGAAUGAAAGCGUAAUGAGAGAGAGACAUACUUCGCCGAGGAGCCGAGGUAAAUGUAUUGAGUGACUUAGCACAUUACACGAUUGUCGUUAGGACGCGUUAACGUUUUAGUGGAUUUACGCCACUCUGAAUGUUUUUUAUAUUUAUCGAAACUAUGAUAUCAGUGCGAGGGAGGAAACUCUCGGAAUGUGCGUAACGAACUCGUAUCUAGUUUUUAAGUUAGCGACUAGUUUUAUAAAGUUUACGCGACAUCUCUCUUGACUCAGCUCCUUUAGGUAGUAAUCGACCGCAGUUUCUAAAAACACAAUAUGUAUUUGAAAAUUUAAAUCUUGUUACAAAUAAAAUUAUAAUGUAAUUUUUUUAGUGUAUAGACAAACAAGAGGUAAUGUAAAUCGAUCUACAUUCCUAUAAAAAAAAUUGUUCAAUUAUGGGUAAUUAAAAGAAAAACUUAUCUUCGCAAGUUUCCGCUCGAGGUUUGAAGGGCGUCGAUCCCGAGUCUUGUAUUAUUUUUUAAGAUAUAAAGUGUAUGUUGAUUGA